AUGAAUAAGGAGGCAGCACACCGCGGGCAGAGGCGGGAGGACAGCUCAAAGAGCGACGGGCUUCCGGGCAACACUGUCCAGCCAAAAGCUCCCUCGAAUACAGACACAGAGAUGCAUGGGCAUGACACUGCAGAGAAUCAAGCAAAGGCCCUGGUCAUCCUCGACGCCUGUAACCGACGCGAUAUAGCUGACCUCAAGGAUCUUGCUGCCACCAAAGGAGGCUUCCUCUCUGAUGCUAUUCGCCGCCAGGCUUGGCCCAUCCUACUUGGAUCUGCAUACCCUGCAGCUGCGGCUAGUUCGGAUGAGGGGAAGCCACCCUUGGACAAGGCCGCAGAAGCACACCAACAGAACGUUGCAUCUGGAGCGACCGAGGCACACGAUGGGCCGUGGUCAGAGCUGCCGCGGCACCGGGACGAGGAUCAGGUCCGCCUCGAUGUCGACCGGAGCUUCAUAUAUUACCCACAUGACCAGUCCCAAGCCCAGCUCGACUUGAAGAAAAGUGAGCUCUCAGAUCUCAUCACGGAAACCCUCCGACGGCAUCCACACUUGUGCUAUUUCCAGGGCUACCAUGACAUUUGCCAGGUCUUCUUGCUGGUGCUGCCGCCGGCCUUGCGCCCAAGCGCCGUAGCUCGUCUGUCCGCCCUACGCAUCCGGGACUUUAUGCUCCCGAACCUGGCCCCCGCCAUCUCCCAACUCCGCCUGAUCCCCGACAUCCUCUACGCGGUGGACCCGGCGCUCUGCCGGCAUCUGUCGCAGACGGAGCCCUUUUUCGCCCUGUCAGGCACCCUGACCAUGUACGCCCACGACAUCCAGUCGUACAGCUCGAUCGCGCGGCUGUUCGACGCCCUUCUGGCGCGGGGGCAGGUCUUCAGCGUCUACAUGUUCGCGCAGAUCGUGCUGAACCGGCGCGGCGAGCUCUUCGACACGCCCGCCUCGGAGCCCGAGAUGCUGCACUCGAUCCUGUCCAAGCUGCCGCAGCCCCUCGACCUCGAGCAGCUCAUCGCCGACACGGCCACCCUCUUCGCCCGCCACCCGCCCGAGAGCCUCCGCGCCUGGGGCCGCAUAUCAGGCGCCAGCGUGCUGAAGACGGCCCGCGACGUCGAGGUCUGCGCCGCCCAGACCCUGGAUGACGGCCGCCGCUUCUUCGACAGACAAGUCAAGGAGCUGCAGUGGGCCGAGACAAAGGAGAAGAUGCUCAAGACCAUGUGGGCAUACCGAUCGCCGGCUAAGGGCGUCGCGCUCGCCGUCCUCAUCGGCGUCGCUGCUAUAUAUCUGCGGAAAUCCCCGAGUGUGUUAGGUUAUCUUGCCGCAUUCUGGUCUAGGUUCAGUUGA